UCACAUAUGCCACUUCCUGGUGGGAUUUCUCGGGAGAAUGCAACGCUGCAUCAAAGAUGGCUUAUUAUCGACUAUCGUUUUGUUCAUUUAGGUUAAACAUUGUGAAGGCAUAGGAGCUAUAUUGCACGAACAGAAGGUGGAGAGCUAGUGGUGCUUGUUACGAGCAGUGUUUGCACGCUCGUCGCACUACGCACUGCUUGCUCUCUCCUUGCGCUAACUUGUCCCACUCUGCUAGCUAGUUAGCUCACAUAGUAAAUAUUGGCUAGCCCAGCUAGCUUGCUUACUGUUGAUUGCUAAAAUGGCCACCAUGGAGAAAUUGAUGAAGGCCUUUGAGAGUCUGAAGUCAUUCCAGCAGCAGCAGGGACCACCAACCGCCGAGGAGCUGGUUCAGAGGCAGAAAAAGGAACAGGCGACCACAAAGAAGGACCGGGUCACACACUGCCUGACAAUAUGUGAAAACAUUGUGGCUCAGUCUCUGAGUCCUGGGAACAGAACCUCUCCAGAGUUUCAGAAACUGCUGGGCAUCGCCAUGGAGAUGUUCUUGCUCUGCAGUGAUGACAGCGAAUCAGAUGUCCGUAUGGUAGCCGAUGAGUGCCUGAACAAAAUAAUCAAAGCUCUGAUGGACUCAAACCUGCCUAGGCUGCAGCUGGAACUGUACAAAGAAAUUAAAAAGAAUGGUGCCUCUCGGAGUCUAAGGGCAGCUUUGUGGAGGUUUGCUGAGCUUGCUCACCUCAUUAGACCACAGAAAUGCAGACCCUACCUGGUCAACCUGUUGCCAUGCCUCUCUCGAAUCACCAAGCGGCAGGAGGAGACCGUACAGGAGACUCUGGCUGCUGCUAUGCCCAAGAUCAUGGGCGCCUUGGGGCACUUCGCCAAUGAUGGCGAGAUCAAGGUGCUGCUGAAGUCCUUUGUGGCCAACCUAAAGUCCAGCUCCCCCACCAUCAGGCGCACCGCUGCCAGCUCAGCCGUCAGUGUGUGCCAACACUCCAGACGCACCAGCUACUUCUACACGUGGCUCCUUAAUGUGCUGCUGGGUCUGCUGGUUCCAGUGGAUGAAGAGCACCCCAGCCACCUAAUUCUGGGGGUGCUGUUAACCCUUCGCUACCUGAUGCCUCUGCUGCAGCAGCAAGUCAACACCACCAGCCUCAAAGGAAGCUUCGGAGUCAUGAGGAAAGAGGCUGAUGUUCAGCCAACACCCGAACAACUGCUGCAGGUGUACGAGUUGACUCUACACUACACACAGCACUGGGAUCACAAUGUGGUCACAGCAGCCCUGGAGCUCUUGCAGCAGAUGUUCAGGACUCCCCCACCAGAGCUUCUGCACAUGCUCAUCACCGCGGGCAGCAUUCUUCACGGCACAGUCUUCCGCCAGGACGCCGAGAGCCGCGCGCGCUCCAGCAGCAUCCGCGAGCUCAUCGCGGGGGGAGGGUCUUCCUGCAGUCCACUCGUUCUCAGGAAACCAAGAGGUAAAAUGCUUUCGGGGGAGGAGGAUGGUUUGGAUGAUGACGCAGAGAGAACAGAAGUCACAACUGGUGUCUUCACAGCGGCAGUCGUUGGCGCAGACGGUUCCUCUGCGGCGCAGGUGGACAUCAUCACCGAGCAACCCCGCUCCUCCCAGCACACGCUGCAGCCCGGCGACUCGGUGGACCUCAGCGCCUCCUCAGAGCAGUGCGGCGGCGGGGCGUCCGCAUCCGACACUCCCGAGUCACCCAACGACAACGAGGAGGAAAUGCUGAGUCGCAGCUCCAGCGGCGGGGCCAACGUCACUCCGGAGACUGCUGACUACACCACGCCAGAGACUGAGGGCGGGCCCUUAGGAGAAGGCGCCACUCUGCUGGGCGCCAAUGAUCGCUCGAUGCCACCCAGCGACUCCUCCCAGACCACCACAGAGGGGCCGGACUCGGCUGUCACACCUUCGGACGUAGCAGAGCUGGUGCUGGAUGGCAGUGAGAGCCAGUACUCCGGGAUGCAGAUUGGGACAUUGCAGGAUGAAGAAGAUGAAGGAGCGGCACCUUCCUCUCAAGAAGAACCAUCGGACCCAAUCAUGCAGUCGGCCCUGGCGCUGAGCAAACCGCAUCUCUUUGAUGGCCGAGGUCACAACCGGCAGGGUUCAGACAGCAGCGUGGACCGCUUGAUACCAAAGGACGAACCUGCUGAACCGGAACCUGACAAUAAGCCAUCACGGAUAAAGGGUCCAAUUGGACAUUAUACUGACCAGGGGGUGGAGCCACUGGUGCACUGCGUUCGGCUUCUUGCUGCUUCCUUCUUGCUGACGGGACAAAAGAAUGGUCUGACACCGGAUAAGGAGGUGCGAGUGAGCGUGAAGGCUCUUGCGGUCAGCUGUGUCGGGGCAGCAGCGGCGCUGCACCCUGAAGCCUUCUUUAAUUCCCUCUACUUGGAGCCGCUGGACGGCGUUCCAGUUGAAGAGCAGCAGUAUAUCAGUGACAUGCUGGGCCUCAUUGACCACGGGGACCCCCAGAUCAGAGGGGCCACAGCCAUCCUCUGUGCCGCCAUUAUACAAGCUGCUCUCACCAAAACACGUUACAACAUACACACCUGGCUGGCCAGCGUGCAGAGUGCAACAGGUAACCCUCUGUCCCUGGUGGACUUGGUACCUUUGCUCCAGAGAACUCUAAGGGACGAAUCCUCAGUCACAUGCAAGAUGGCUUGCUCUGCAGUGAGGCAUUGCAUCAUGACUGUGUGCAGCAGCACUCUGAGUGAGCUCGGCCUGCAGUUGGUGAUAAACCUUCUCCCUCUGAGGGACUCCUCCUAUUGGCUCGUUCGCACAGAGCUUUUGGAGACCCUAGCCGAGCUAGAUUUUCGGUUAAUUAAUUUCCUGGAGAGGAAAACGGAUACUUUGCACAAAGGGGAUCAUCACUACACUGGGCGGCUGCGGCUUCAGGACAGAGUGCUGAAUGAUGUGGUCAUUCGUCUGUUGGGGGAUGAUGACCCCAGAGUCCGCCACGUGGCUGCCUCCGCUGUCAGCAGGCUGGUCUCCAGGUUGUUCUAUGACUGUGACCAGGGUCAAGUGGACCCUGUGGUGGCUAUUGCCCGGGACCAGAGUUCAGUCUACCUGCAGCUGCUGAUGCAUGAGACACAACCCCCGUCCCAGUUCACAGUUAGCACAAUCACCAGGACGUACCGAGGCUACAACUUAUCUAACAAUGUGUCCGAUGUCACAAUCGAGAAUAAUUUGUCCAGAGUGGUUACGGCCGUCUCCCAUGCUUUCACCUCCUCUUCCUCCCGAGCGCUGACUUUUGGCUGCUGUGAAGCCUUGUGCCUCCUGGCUACAAAUUUCCCAGUGUGCACUUGGAGCACGGGCUGGCACUGUGGCUACGUUAGCUCCAGUAGCAGCUUCUCUUCACGCUCUAGUCUCAGCCGCAGCAGAGGCAGGGCCCUUAGUGUGUCUCAGCCUAGCAGUUCUCCAGCCUCUUCAACCACCUCUUCAUCUGCACCGGACAAUGAGCGAAGGACUCUGACAGUAGGAAUGGCCAACAUGGUCCUCUCUUUGCUCUCCUCCGCCUGGUUUCCACUGGAUCUUUCUUCUCACCAGGAUGCACUUUUGCUUUGUGGCAAUCUUCUUGCUGCGGUGGCCCCAAAAUGCAUGCGCAACCCCUGGGCGGGCGAGGACGAAGGCAGCGGCGGUAGCGCCAAUCCGAACCCAAAUAAGAUGGAGGAGCCAUGGGCUGGUCUGUCAGAGCGCUCCCUGGUGGCCAUUGUGGAGCAGCUCUUUUCUCACCUAUUAAAGAUCCUCAACAUCUGUGCCCAUGUGCUGGAUGACAUACCACCGGGACCAGCGGUCAAGGCCACUCUCCCCUCCCUGAGCAAUACCCCCUCCCUCAGUCCCAUCCGCAGAAAAGGCAAGGAGAAGGAUGCUGCUGAGCCCAGUGCUGCUCCAAUGAGUCCAAAGAAAAGUAAUGAGGUCAACACAGGCAGGCCAGCAGACGGCACCGGGUUAACCGCCGUUAACAAAUCUACCACCUUCGGCAACUUCUAUCACCUGCCGCCCUACCUCAAGCUCUAUGAUGUCCUCAAAGCUACACACGCCAACUUCAAGGUGACGCUGGACCUCCACAGUAGUCAGGAGAAGUUUGGAGGAUUCCUGCGUGCCACGCUAGAUGUUCUGUCUCAGCUCCUGGAGCUGGCCACACUACAUGACAUCAGUAAGUGUGUGGAGGAAAUCUUGGGCUACCUGAAGUCCUGUUUUUGCAGAGAACCAACCAUGGCUACUGUUUGUGUACAACAGCUGUUAAAGACCCUUUUUGGCACUAACCUGGCCUCCCAGUGCGAGGGCAUCUCCAGUGGACCCAGCCGCUCUCAGGGCAAGGCUCUGCGUCUCGGCUCGUCCAGCCUGCGGCCGGGCCUCUAUCACUACUGCUUCAUGGCACCGUACACGCACUUCACUCAGGCUCUGGCCGACGCUAGUCUCCGUAACAUGGUGCAGGCUGAACAGGAGCAGGACACCUCUGGGUGGUUUGAUGUGAUGCAAAAGGCUUCAAACCAGCUGCGGUCCAACAUUGCAAAUGCAACCCGAAACAGAGGAGACAAGAAUGCCAUCCACAACCACAUUCGUCUGUUUGAGCCACUGGUGAUUAAAGCUUUGAAGCAGUACACUACCAGCACCUCCGUGGCCCUGCAGAGGCAAGUACUGGACCUGCUUGCCCAACUUGUGCAGCUCAGAGUCAACUACUGCCUGCUUGACUCGGAUCAGGUCUUCAUUGGUUUUGUCCUGAAGCAGUUUGAAUACAUUGAAGUGGGACAGUUCAGAGACUCGGAGGCCAUCAUUCCCAACAUCUUUUUCUUCCUGGUGCUGCUGUCUUAUGAGCGUUACCACUCCAAGCAGAUAAUUAGCAUCCCCAAAAUCAUCCAGCUGUGUGACGGCAUCAUGGCGAGCGGAAGGAAAGCUGUCACACACGCCAUCCCAGCUUUGCAGCCGAUCGUCCAUGAUCUGUUUGUUUUGAGGGGGUCAAACAAAGCGGAUGCAGGCAAAGAGCUCGACACGCAGAAAGAAGUGGUGGUCUCCAUGCUGCUCAGACUUGUGCAACACCACCAGGUGUUGGAGAUGUUCAUCCUCGUUCUGCAGCAGUGUCACAAAGAGAAUGAGGACAAGUGGAAGAGGUUGUCCCGACAGAUCGCUGACGUCAUACUUCCCAUGAUUGCCAAGCAGCAGAUGCACCUGGACUCUCCGGAAGCGUUGGGAGUGUUGAACACUCUGUUUGAAACUGUAGCGCCCUCCUCCCUCAGACCUGUAGACAUGCUGCUCAAGAGUAUGUUCACCACGCCGGUAACCAUGGCGUCCGUGUCUACAGUCCAGCUGUGGGUGUCCGGUAUCCUGGCGGUGCUCCGGGUCCUCGUCUCCCAGUCCACUGAGGACAUUGUCCUGUCGCGGGUCCAUGAACUCUCUCUCAGCCCGCAUCUCCUCUCCUGCCACACAAUCCGUCGCCUGCAUCAGCCGAGCUUUUCCCCGAGUGACCCACCUGCUGCCGACACGCUCCUCAACCAGGAACCUUUUGGUGAGGCACAAAGGGCCCCACCCGAGGACACCUUUGCCAGGUUCCUUCUCCAGCUAGUAGGAGUGUUGCUGGAUGACAUUUCCUCCAGACAGGUUAAAGUUGAUAUUACAGAGCAGCAACACACCUUCUACUGCCAGCAGCUGGGCACACUGCUCAUGUGUCUCAUACAUGUCUUCAAAAGUGGAAUGUUCCGCAGAAUCACAGCUGCAGCCAGCCGUCUCCUAAAGGGCGAGGGUGGAAGUGCAGUUGGACCGACUGGCACCGAAGCCGCUCUGUUUUACCCCUUAGAGGGCCUGAACAGCUUGGUGCAGUGCUUGAUCACCACUCACCCCUCUCUGGUGCUACUUUGGUGCCAGGUCCUCCUCAUCAUCGACUACACCAACUACUCCUGGUGGACCGAGGUGCACCAGACUCCCAGGGGACACAGCCUGUCGUGCACAAAGCUGCUGAGCCCUCACUCCUCAGGGGACGGCGAGGAUGAUAAGCCCGAGGAGCGCUUAGCUAUGGUGAACCGAGAGAUUGUACGCAGGGGAGCCCUCAUCCUCUUCUGUGACUAUGUGUGUCAGAACCUGCAUGACUCGGAGCAUCUGACCUGGCUGAUUGUCAACCACGUGCGUGACCUCAUCAGCCUUUCCCAUGAGCCUCCAGUGCAGGACUUCAUCAGCGCUGUGCACCGCAACUCCGCUGCCAGCGGCCUCUUCAUCCAAGCCAUCCAGUCUCGCUGUGACAACCUCAACACACCUACCAUGUUGAAGAAGACUCUGCAGUGUUUGGAAGGCAUCCACCUGAGUCAGUCUGGCUCCCUGCUGAUGCUCUAUGUGGACAAGCUGCUCGGUACACCCUUCAGGGUUCUGGCUCGCAUGGUGGACACACUGGCGUGCCGCAGAGUGGAGAUGCUGCUGGCUGAGACACUACAGAACAGUGUAGCUCAGCUUCCUGUGGAGGAACUGGACAGGAUCCAGGAAUACCUCCAGACCAGUGGCCUGGCUCAGAGGCAUCAGAGGUUUUACUCCCUGCUGGACAGGUUCAGAGCCACUGUUGCCGACACCAGCAGCCCCACACCUCCUGUGACGUCCCACCCCUUGGAUGGGGAUCCCCCACCUGCCCCCGAGCUGGUCUCUGCAGAUAAGGAGUGGUACGUGGCUCUGGUGAAGUCUCAGUGUUGUUUCCGUGGAGAUGUUUCCCUGUUGGAGAUGACAGAACUCCUCACCAAACUUCCUCCCACCGACCUCCUGGAUAUCAUGAGCUGCAAGGAAUUCAACCUAAGCCUGCUGUGUCCAUGUCUCAGUAUGGGUAUGCAGCGGUUAGCACGAGGUCAGGGGGCGCUCUUGUUGGAGACAGCUCUGCAGGUGACCCUAGAGCGGCUAGCAGGGGUCACAGGGUCACUUCCUGUGCCCCACCAGUCCUUCCUUCCGCCCGCUCAGUCACAGCCCUACUGGAACCAACUAGCUGCUGUGUACGAUGAGCCGGGUUUCUACCCCGGGGUUUUGUCGCUGUGCAGAGCGCUGUCGCAGUACCUGCUUAGUGUGAGCCAGCUGCCUUCCUCACUUCAUAUCCCCUUUGACAAGGAACAUCUUAUCACUACUUUCACCUGCACUGCUGCCGAGGUUGUAGCGUGGCGCCUCCUGCAGAACCAGUUGCCCCUGAGUGUGGACCUGCAGUGGGCUCUGUCCUGUCUGUGUCUGGCCCUGCAGCAGCCCUGCGUCUGGAACAAACUCUCCACCCCGGAGUACGCCACACACACCUGCUCCCUCAUCUACUGCCUACACCUCAUCAUCGUUGCAGUGGCUGUCAGUCCUGGCGACCAGCUCCUGUAUCCAGAGAAGAAAAAGACGAAGGCAGAGAGCGAUGCUGAAGCAGAUGAAGUUGACUCUGCACAUGCUGACAACACGUUGGAGCGGAAAGCAUGUGAUAUUAUGGCGGAGCUGGUGGAAGGCCUGCAGAGCAUCCUUGCCCUGGGUCACCAUAGAAACAGUGUUUUCCCUGCUUUUCUCACGCCAACCUUGCGCAACAUUGUCAUCAGUCUGUCUCGACUGCCUCUAGUCAACUGCUACACCCGAGUACCUCCACUGGUUUGGAAACUGGGCUGGUCCCCUCAGCCAGGAGGAGAAUACGGCACAACGCUGCCUGAGAUCCCUGUUGACUUCCUGCAGGAAAAGGAUGUCUUCCGAGAGUUCCUCUACCGCAUCAACACACUAGGCUGGAGCAGCAGGACUCAGUUUGAGGAGACCUGGGCCACACUACUGGGGGUGCUGGUCACCCAACCCAUCACUAUGGACCAGGAGGAGGAGACACAGCAGGAGGAGGACUUGGAGCGUACACAGUUGAAUGUUUUAGCAGUGCAGGCCAUCACCAGCCUGGUGCUGAGUGCCAUGACCCUGCCUACUGCUGGCAAUCCUGCAGUCAGCUGUCUGGAACAGCAGCCACGCAACAAGAGCCUCAAAGCGCUGGAAACACGGUUUGGAAGGAAACUUGCAAUGAUCAGAGGCGAGGUGGAGAGAGAGAUUCAGGCUCUUGUGUCAAAGCGAGACAAUGUUCAUACGCACCACCCGUACCAUGCCUGGGACCCUGUGCCCUCCCUAUCGGCAGCAUCCGCUGCUGGCACGCUGAUCAGCCACGAGAAGCUGCUGCUUCAGAUUAACACGGAGAGGGAGUUGGGCAACAUGGACUACAAACUGGGACAGGUCUCCAUCCACUCUGUGUGGUUAGGUAACAACAUCACCCCACUGAGAGAGGAAGAAUGGGGUGAGGAUGAAGAGGAUGAAGCAGACACUCCGGCACCCAUCUCCCCGCCAGUGUCUCCUAUCAAUUCAAGGAAGCAUCGUGCAGGUGUGGACAUUCAUUCAUGUUCCCAGUUUCUGCUGGAGCUGUACAGCCAGUGGCUAAUCCCUGGCUCCCCGAGUAACAGGAAGACCCCGACCAUACUCGUCAGUGAAGUGGUCCGAUCGCUGCUGGCGGUGUCGGACCUGUUCACAGAGAGGAACCAGUUUGAAAUGAUGUUCUCCACCCUGAUGGAACUGCAGAAGCUCCAUCCUCCGGAGGAUGAGAUCCUCAAUCAAUACCUUGUGCCGGCCAUCUGCAAGGCAGCUGCAGUACUGGGAAUGGACAAAGCAAUAGCGGAGCCUGUUUGUCGCCUGUUGGAGACGACCCUACGCAGCACCCACCUGCCCAGCCGCAUGGGGGCUCUGCAUGGAGUGCUGUAUGUGUUGGAGUGUGACCUGCUGGAUGAGACAGCCAAACAGCUCAUCCCCGCCGUCUCUGAGUACCUGCUGUCCAACCUCAGGGCGAUCGCUCACUGUGUGAACUUGCAUAACCAGCAGCAUGUGUUGGUGAUGUGUGCCGUGGCCUUCUACAUGAUGGAGAACUACCCUCUGGAUGUAGGAGCUGAGUUUAUGGCUGGAAUCAUACAGCUGUGUGGCGUGAUGGUGUCGGCCAGCGAGGACUCCACCCCCUCCGUCAUCUAUCACUGUGUGCUGCGCGGCCUGGAGCGCCUCUUGCUGUCGGAGCAGUUGUCGCGCGUGGACGGAGAAGCUCUGGUCAAACUCAGCGUGGACAGAGUCAACAUGCCGUCCCCACACAGAGCCAUGGCCGCCCUCGGCCUCAUGCUCACCUGCAUGUACACCGCGGUGCUUGCGUCGGGUUCAGACGUGACAGGGGUUAGAGGUCAGGUUGGCUCUGGCUCUGCCGUAGCAGAGUGGGUGGGCGUCACAGCCGGUCAUGUUGGUUUCUCCUCAGGAAAAGAGAAAGCCAGCCCUGCCAGUCGCCCCGCCCACUCUGACCCCCAGGCCCCGGACAGCGAGUCCGUCAUUGUUGCCAUGGAGAGAGUCUCUGUGCUCUUUGACAGGAUCCGGAAAGGUUUACCCAGCGAGGCCCGGGUGGUGUCCAGGAUCCUGCCCCAGUUUCUGGACGACUUCUUCCCGCCACAGGACGUCAUGAACAAGGUCAUCGGAGAGUUUCUGUCCAAUCAGCAGCCUUACCCACAAUUUAUGGCCGCGGUCGUCUACAAGGUGUUCCAGACCCUCCAUGCCACAGGCCAGUCUUCUAUGGUGCGAGACUGGGUGCUGCUCUCCUUGUCCAACUUCACCCAGAGGACACCAGUGGCCAUGGCCAUGUGGAGCCUCUCCUGUUUCUUCGUCUCUGCCUCCACCUCCCAGUGGAUAUCAGCCCUGCUGCCGCACGUGAUCAGCCGCAUGGGCUCCAGCGAGGUGGUGGACGUCAACCUGUUCUGCCUGGUCGCCAUGGAUUUCUACCGGCACCAGAUUGACGAGGAGCUGGACCGCAGGGCUUUCCAGUCUGUCUUUGAGACCGUGGCCUCGCCAGGCAGCCCUUAUUACCAGCUGCUGGGCUGUCUGCAGUCCAUCCACCAGGAUACAUCGCUCUGAGGGCACGAACGGGGAAGGACACAAAGGCACAGAGAGAGCGAGAGAGAGAGAGGGGCGAGGAUGAAGCACAGUGUGGUAGACCGGGAAAUUAGAUGACCAUGUUGUACAUGCCCUCGUGUUGCAAUGAAGGGGGACGACAGAAUGUUUCGUUCUAAAAUAGAUCUACUGUAGCCUCCCACCGCUCCCUCCUUUACGCUGAUGUCACAUGAGUAGAACUACUGAUGGCAGAAUAAUGAAUUCCGUAGAAAAUCAAGGGCAGAUCUGAAAUUCUCGUCAGCGUCAGGGCUUACGUCAAAGGAAUGUAAGAAGAGUGCACCUACUGAAAGACACCGGCUGCAAAACCUUCCCUUCCACAGAACAUUCGUCCAGAUGAAUGACAGAACCUUGAACACCUCCUCCUACCCAGCACCUUGAUUAAAAAAAACUAUAAAAAGAAAUAUAACAUCGCUCAAACACAAACAUUGGAUUUGUUUAUUUUCCUGUGAGGACUUGAGUAUUGUGAUGUCAGUAAAGUAAAAUAGAGAAGGAAUAAAAAACAAAAAACUAAAUGCAAAGUAUUUACUAUAUUUAAAGUUUCAAUGCAUCUAUUUUUCAGUGCGUUCUGUAAAAGAUUGCUUAUGGUGUCGUUAGGACACUGACGAUGGGCUGACACACGGCGGGGUCAGACGCGCCGUCUUGAUGUUGUCAAUUAGUGUCUUUGAAGACCCUUUUUUUUUUUUAUACAAGUUACUUGUGUCCAUCUCUGACGCACACAAGUUAAAUAGUACAUAUUUGUUGUGUAACAAUGACCAUUAAUAGCCAUAGUUCUUUUAUUUAUUCAUUUUUCUUCCAAUGGGGAUGGAUGUUGUGAUUUGUCACUGCAGAAAGACCAACUUGUUUUCUGGAUGUUCUAGUGAAUGGACAAAGAGGUAGGCUGGUAUGCACUGGGAGUAAUAUAAAGGCUCUUAUCAGUUCCAACAGUGUAUUUAACAUUUAAGAUGAUGGGCAAUGUCGAGCAAGUGAAAUACCAAAAUUGCAGCGACGUCUUUUGUAACCAGUAGCAGGGGUGAACGUUGCUUCUUAUGAUUUUUACCACAUUGCUUAUGUCUCGUCCUUUAAAAAAAAAAAAAAAAACCUGCUGCUCGUGUACACCUGAAUGACUCCACCUGUCCAUUUCUUUUACUUUUUAAAUACUCAGGAUGUAAAAUGUGACUUUUGUUAUAAGACUGGAUGUAAAAUGCAGUCUUUAAAUGAAGGUACCUUUUGAAAAGAAAAAGUAAUGGUAGUUUGAAGUUGUACAAAUGCCAAGGUGCAUGAUAAAAUCCAAACUUUAAAAAUGAGAUCUUAACGUGGACAUUUAGAGCACUUUCUGUCUGUCUUAACACAUACAUGAUCAGCAAAAUGAGAAUCUGUGGGCAGAAAGCUUUGAGUGCCAAGUACCUCGUUGAAGACCGUGUGUUGCCUGGGAGCGUGCUGGGCGGCGUUACUCUGUACAUACACUUGCCUUAGAUGAAGACUGUAUACACGUAUGUCCUGUACACUGAAAGCAUGCUUAGCAUUACUGCUAUUUUCUUGCAUAGUCCUUCAUACUGUAAUUCUGUGGGUGCGGUUGCUAUGACUGCUGUGAGGAAGCGUUGCGACACAAUCUAAAGGACCCUCGUAACCUUAGAGACCAAUGAGGGAUUGUCGCCUGGUGAUGCCACAUGACAGGGGGCCUAUUCUGUCUUUGUUGGGCUUUAAAUAUUGUUUUUGUCCCAGUUAAAGACUGCUAAAUAUCUCAUUGUCUUUGUGCAGAGUACUUAAAGCACCUGAAAACUCAAGUUCCUCACAUGUUGAUGAUAGGCACUUAGAUAUGCAAUGAGUCCUGCAGUGCAGCAAAGUAAAAACAUCACCACGGUACUUUGUGUGCUCAAUGUGUCACCACUUUCCACCCUCCACAGCAACGUGACUGGAUUCCUAUUGAUCAUGUUUAAAUAACGUAUUCGCUCAAUAAAUGACCAGCUCUACAGCUGUCAUUUAAAUUUGACAUGCGCCGGAAUGAGAGUGCUGUUUUUCGAACAUAUACAGUGUCUUCAAGGUCAGUUUGGGGUUGCGUGGCGCGAAAAGAAAUUGCGGAUGACUGAUCCUUUUUUUUUUUGCAGUACUUACUUUACAAAAGCAGACUUAGGGGCCUAUUCUCUGGUCUCCAAUAAGAAGAGCGGGGCACUGGCUGGGGACCCCUGCGGGGCGGAUAAUGCGAUUACCCAGAAUUUCUUUGUGGUUUGGGGAAAUGGGCGUGGAAGUCAUGUUCAACUAAUUUGGCAUGCUUAUCUUUAACUUUGUUUUUCCUCUGCAGCUCAGAUUUUAUGGUUAUUGAUUUUGGCCUAAUGAAAAAGCUGAGAAUCAGUGCGGUUUCAUUUUUCUCUCUGCCAAGUUAUUUUACAUGCGCCGCAAUUUCUACGGUCUUUCAAAUGGUAUGUUGUUGCUUGGCUUUAAAAAAAAAAAAACUUGUCCUUUUCUGGAAAUAUAGUUCAAUGAGGAAAAUAUAUUUAUACAGUCAUAAUAGAAGUAUUAUAUAAAAAACUAUGAUCUCUAGUUUCUUGUCUGAAUCCCCAACAGGACCGUCAAGCCUUCUCAAACUUUUUUUUAAUAUUCUGUAAAGUAUAAAGAUUGUGUAUUUCAGUUCAUUUAAAUAUUUUCAAGAGAUAAUCACUGGAUAUGAGCUGUUGUAGAAAUUAAUAAAUUAUUUAAAGACAUUAAGUGUGAUGUGAAUAAAAUGAUUUCCAUCAGGAGAACG